GAGGACACCCGGCGAGAGGCUACAAAGGGGAGAGCCAGGAAGGGAGUGUUCGUACUUGAGGGUUGCGAAAUGAAUGUCGAGGACGCCAUCAAUUACUCGCCCAGCGAGGAAGAGGACUAUUACGCGCUGUUAUCCUGCGAUGAGUCUUCCACGAUCGAGCAAAUCACGGCGGAGUAUAAGGUAUUAGCUCUUCAGUAUCAUCCGGACAAAAACGAAGGUGACAAAGAGGCCGAAAAGAAAUUCCAACAAUUGAAGUAUGCGAAAGAGGUUUUAUGCGAUCCUGAGAAAAGAUGCAAUUAUGACAAAUGGCGGAAUAGCGGUAUCAAGAUUAGUUACAAGCAGUGGCUUGGCAUGAAGGAACAUGUGCAGCAGACUAUGCAUUGGAGCACGCCGAAGACAAAGGACAGAAUGCUGCCGGAUACGACUGGAGAGGCAGGUGGUUCACCGGCUCAUCUAAGAGGUCAUCCUACAAAUGUUCAUAGAAGGGCUUCAGAGGGUGGAGCCAUGAAUCUCUAUUAUCGUUCGGGUCACGGAGUUCCAUUCGACUAUCAGGAGCCGAACGAGGUCGUCAGUAAGUUUCGCAAUUAUGAGAUUUAAAAGACAUCUUGAACUUAUAUAAUUGUCAUCGGUACCGACCUUUAUUACACCGGAUACUCUACAUGAAAAGAACGAGAAAAUGUUGUACUAGAUAAAUAUAUCUACCUGUAUACAAGUGUACAGGGCGUUGGUUAGAUUACGUUAGCAUAACAAAUUAUAUCGCACGAAAGAAAUACGCGAGUUUCAUCAUCGAACAAUUAUCGACGUUUUUUUCAAUCUUGUUUAUAUCACGUAGAUUCGUUUCGGAAAAUAGUCGAAACGUCAUAAAAAUUGAUCUGACAAAACGAUGAAAAUAGAAUGCAUUGUUUGAUAUUUCGGGCGACUUAUUUCUUCAUUCGGGAUGCUAACUUGAUCCAAUAAACGAUUCUGUACACCAGUACGUGGUCGCGCGAUCGCGCGCAUACGUAUGUGUCGCCUUCAGAUUUAUAUUUUGUUAUACUAUACUAAGCACGAGACGAGAGAGAGGAAAGGAUCGUGGAAAACGCUAUAAAGGACGUUUUGAUAUUAUUUGAGCUCUCUUUCUCUAAAGUCUCUCUUGAAUAACGUCCGACCUGGACCAGUUGUGAAUUUAUUGUAUACCCGAGAAGUCGAGUCUCUCGAUCGCGCAUUCCAUGUGUAUGUCUCUUGAUCUUACAAGAUGUUUAGCGAACAAAAGUUAAACAGUGUAGUAUCGACGGGGGCUGUAUAGUUAUCUGUGAUUCCGCGAAUAAAUUUUCCACUAGAGAUUAACUGGUCGUUUCAACCGUAUAAACACUUUAGAACGAAAUACUCAAGUGUCUGUUCAAUGAAACUGUUGAGUUUGCAUGUAUAUUAUAGAACAAGGACGGUAUUUUUUAUUAGAUAAUUUUUUUAUUAGAUCAAAUCUGUAUUUUUAAGCAUUAAUCGAACGUAAAUGCUUUUAUUUGAAAAAUCAGGGAAUUGAAGGUGGUUUCCAACACGAGCAACGAUAGAUGCACAUAUUUUCUAAAAAUAUCGAAUUUAUAUAUAUCAUACAUAUCUACGAUAUGUCGAUAUGUUGUGGAAUUGAAAAAUAAUUGAAUCGGAA